CCUUCGGACAACUUCCAAAGAUCAGCUGUAUUCCCUAGUGAUGUAAUGUGACUGCGUUGCGUCUAUCGAUCGCUUCUUCGCUGACUGGCGGACUCGUAAAAACGCAAAACAAUGAAAUGCAUUGCUGAGCAUUCGCACUACAUGUGUGCAGCCAGAUCCUUCACAUUCAUUUGAACGUCGCCUGCUUCACACUCACUGUUUAUGUGGAUUACUUCUCAGGAGUAUAAUCAUAUUUUCAUAAGUGGAUGUAGCAAACUGACCUUGCAACAGACGUGUUCAACCAACAGUAGUUUCAAGCAAACCCACAUUACCUCUCAGCUUCGAGAUAUAAACUGAUUUCGGCUAAAAAAAAUAAUACCUCGAUUCCAGAAGCAGAAUGGCAAAUCUGAAACAGGUGAAUUACGAUGCAAGUGAAGACUUUCCAGAUUUUGCUGGACAUCACAGUCUUCUGGCCAAAUACUGCACUCAGGACAUUUAUAAGAAACUCCGUGAUGUUCAGACGCCCUCUGGGUACACGAUCGACAGGGCCAUCCAAAAUGGCGUCGACAAUCCAGAUUUCCAUGUAGGUAUUCUUGCCGGUGAUGAAGAAUGCUAUACCGUAUUCGCUGAGCUUUUUGAUAAGGUCAUCGAUGAGUAUCACAAUGGCUUCAAAACAACAGACAACCAUAAAACUGAUUUGGACCCGUCUAAGCUUGAAGGUGGACAGCUUGAUGAUGACUAUGUGGUCAGCUCUCGAAUCAGGACUGGUCGUAAUAUCCGAGGUUUCGCUCUCUCACCUCACAUUGCUAGGUGCGAGAGACGCAAGGUCGAAAAGUUAGUUUCAGAAGCCUUGUGUUCGUUGUCUGGUGAGUUCGAGGGCAAAUAUUACUCACUACUAACCAUGACCCCAGAGGACCAACAGCAGUUGAUUGAUGAUCACUUCCUGUUUGAGAAGCCCGUCUCACGUCACUUCCAGAGCGGUGGUAUGGCCAGGGAUUUCCCCGAUGGGCGUGGCAUCUGGCACAAUUCCAACAAGACGUUUUUGGUUUGGAUCAACGAGGAAGAUCAGACACGUAUCAUCUCUAUGCAGAAGGGUGGUAAUAUGAAGGCGGUCUUUGAGAGGUUCUGCUCUGGUCUGAGCCAGGUCGAGGGUAAGAUCAAGGAACAAGGGAAGGAGUUCAUGUGGAACGAACAUCUUGGAUUCAUUCUGACCUGUCCUACAAACCUCGGUACUGGCGUCCGAUGCAGUGUUCACGUAAGGAUUCCAAACCUUGCCAAGGAUGAGAGGUGCAAGGCCAUCAUGGGAGCUCUACGUCUACAAAUGCGUGGCACAAGUGGUGAGUUCACCGAGGGUGUUGGAGGCGUCUACGACAUCUCCAACCUGGACAGACUGGGAUCAUCCGAAGUCCAACAGGUUCAGUGUGUGAUCGAUGGUGUCACUACCAUUAUCAACAUGGAGAAGAAGUUGGAGAAAGGGGAGCCCAUCGAUGAUCUUCUACCAGGAAACACUGAGAAGGUUAAGGCGGAGCAGGAGCAAGCAGCGAAGAAAGCAGCAGAAGAGAAGGCUGCAGCAGCCAAGCCCGCCACCAGCGGUGGCGCUGCAUCGAGUGAAGAGAAACCAAAGAAGAAAUCAUCGACGUGUACCGUGUUGUAAUAUAUAAAAUCUUAACAACAAAAAAGGAAGGUGGACAAAGCCUUGAUUUGAUAAAGAGAGGAAUUACGCUAAUAAUUUAUUUGACACAGUUGCAAAGCUAAGAAAAUGAAAGCAAGAUAUGUUCAUGGAUAAUGAAUGUCGUUCAUGUUUUCAAAUAAAGCUUAAACAUGUGGUUUGCUACUGACAAGAUGAUAUAAAUUAUGUGAUAAUCUAGAACUAAUGAAUUCAUGUUAUGUUUAAUUGUUUGAUAAAUCUUACGAGUUCCAUCUGUAUUCCUAUUGAUUCAAUUAAAUAAUUAUGAUUGAAAUUGAAUUAAUAGAUUUAAUCAAUUUAGAUUAUUUUCUUUUUAAAAAAGUUAAUAUUUCUCUCAAUUUUUUUAUGAACAUGCUGUGUGAUUAUUGCUAAAAAUAUCCUUUGAACUCAUAAUUUACCAAAAUGAAAUGAAUAAUGUAAAAGUCCUUUGGUAAAUAUCUACCAGAUUUGAGCAGAUGUUUAUAACUUCAUUGGUCAAACUAAAUUGAUGGAAUACCAAUAUAAAAUUUCCUGAAAUCUUUAAACUUGAAUUUGAUUCAUGCCAUGAAGAAAAAAAAGUUUCUGCGUAAACUCAACAGAAUAUGAUGUUUAUUUUGUACAGCUUGCGUUCACACAGAGUAUGUUCGGCUACAGUCACACCAACGAAACCGAGUCCAGACCGAUCAAAGCUAUACGUCAAUUCGAAUUGUAUCGUCAGUAUUUGAGUCGCAUUCGUUGGUGUGAACGUAACUUCACUGACACUAUGCGUGAGGAAUGCUGAUUGAUCGAUGAAGUUAAAUCUGUAAUUAUAUUUUGAAUAUCACAUGACGCCAUUUUCAUGGUCUAUAUAUUUUUUAUGUAGAGAUGACAUGAUGAACAAAUGUACAUUGAGUUGCAUGGUAUAUGGUAUUAAGGAUCUGUACAAGCUUAAUUUGGCUUAAAUUUAUGAAAACACGGGGAGCGUUUCACCAACGGAUUUCUCAGUUGUUUUUCCCCAAGGGUUAGCGUAGUAAUAGUCAAGAUCGAUAACUUUUGAGACGACACCAGUUUGUGAAACGCUCCCCAGUUCUAUUUUUGUGUGUGUACUAAAUUACACAGUAUUGUAUGGGUAUAUCCGUCCAAAGUUUUCACAGUGUAUUAUACUUUUACGUGAUAUUUUCUUUGUAAAUAUUAUAUUGUAUGCUUAGAAUAUUCAGUUAUUGUUUGAUCUUCCACUGAAUCUAAGUGAAGGGGUGCUUUGGUUUUAUAUAACUUUUUUUGUGUUUCCAAAACCCCUUUCGUUGUAUAAGAGCACGAGACAUGACUGUGUUACAUUCUUCAUGACAACUGCCACGGCCUAAGUCAUUUUAAUGAUCUAUGCCAAGUUUCUCUGUCAUAUAUUAAGGAAUAGUCAACUCUUAUCAGAAUGUAUGAAAAAAGUGUAACAUUCUGGCAAUCAGAGAUAAGACUGUAAUAUAUAUUUAUAUAUCUCCCCUUAGCUCAUGGAAUGGACAAAUUAAUUCCACGAACUUUAUGAUUACACUAGUGACUAGACGAGCAUCAAAUCAACCUGAACUACCAGUAAGGUGUAGUCAAAGGUAAAUUUUGCGUAUGGUGCCGCCAUUCACUGGGUUUUGGAGGGAUCGGGUAACUUACUCCGUUCUCACUUUACACUGGGGUUCUUGGGGAGGGGGAAAUAUCCACCACGUGUCCUUGUCAAGAGACAACUCACCAAAAAAAAUCGAGAGGGAGAGAAAGAGAGGGGGAAAGUGGUUACCCCACGCUCCCGCUUACCCCUCCAUGCAGCGGCUUUUCAAUGUGCCGUUAAUCUUCAAGAAGACCGGUAUAUUCGUACAAUAUGCUGUUUAGAAUUCUCAUUGAAUUUGAAACGUAUCUUUUUUUCAUUUAAGAUUGGACAGUUUUUUUCUUCUCUGUUUAACAGUGCCGCUUUGUGAUUAUUUCAGAACCGUUGUCUGUGGAAAUUGACAAUAAUAAAGUCAUGCACCU